AUGGCGUUGUUUCUGUGGGAUGAAUUUGGCACAUACGUAACCGCCUCCAGCAUUAGGAGAGCGCUGAUCUCCAAGAAAUGGUCAAAGAAGACUGCGCGACAGAAGGCGAGGGAACGGAAUGCCGACCUACGAGAUUGUUAUCUACACAAUUUGUCCGAGUUCCGGUCGUACCAUCUAGUGUAUAUCGAUGAGUCCGGGUGUGAUAAACGGUUUGGCUUCCGGAGAACCGGUUGGUCGUCGCUCGGCAUAGCACCGGUUCAGCUCUCUAAAUUCCAUCGCGAUCAGCGGUACCAGAUACUGCCAGCCUACUCCCAGGAUGGUAUCGUCAUGUCACGAGUGUUUCAGGGUUCGACCGACGGGUCAAUUUUCGAGGAUUUCGUUGAGGAACUCCUGCAGCAUUGCGGAAAGUGGCCUGAACCUAAAUCAGUUCUCGUAUAG